AUGUCUGCCCCUCCGUUCCAGAUCCCUGGACAACCAUUCUUCACUGAGCUUUUCCAGUGCUGGCGGAAAACUCCGAAGAAGACAUUAAUUCGUGAUUUGUCGGGAUGUUGCCCAGAAGCCACACUGGAAAGGUUUUUGUAUGAUGUCGUGACCCUUCGGACUCGGCUCUGGGAUAGUCUUGACGAGCAUGCCAAGCAAGCGCUUCGUGAUCCCAAUGCAGAUAAUGUAUUUAUUGCGGUUCUGGCCACUCCGGGAUAUGAAUACGCAGUGCUUUGCUACACCAUCUACAGUGUGGGGGCGGUGAUUGUACCUCUCUCACCUGGGGUUCUUGUAGAGGAAGCCAAGUACUUCCUUGAGCUCUGCGAUGCGGUACUCCUCACAACAGGGACGGCGGGCGUCCAGCACGCCCAAGCUAUAUCCGCCCAAGUCGGUGUCCAGUCCUUCACGUUUAACCCCACACAAUCCCCCCCGCCAGACAAUCCGGCAUUUGUCCUGGAGUCACACGACCGGUGUGAUUCCAUUAACAUGGAGAAAGGAUUUGUCCUACUGUACACCUCAGGCACCACGGGCCCACCCAAGGGCGUCCUUCAUUCCCGGCGAAGUGCCGUCGCGGGUCUGCGAUCUCUGAUGGGUCACAUGGGCAUGUCGCCCCAUGAUACAUGGCUCUUGCAUUCUCCGGUUCACUGGAUGGGUGGAUUCUGGCAAUUUUUCAUAACCCUGUUAGCUGGAGCAUGCGUUGAGUUUUGUGCCAGUGUUUGCAACCCGGAUUGGCUGAUGGAGCGCUUGUCGGCUGGCGAUGUGUCGUGCAUGGUUAUGACUCCGACCAUGCUCGAUAAAAUGGAGAAGAAGCUAGACACGGCUCAGAAAUCAUGGUCGUCGUCCAGGUACGAGUCGGUAUUGGCAGGUAUUCGCGCUCUUCGCGUCUUAGCCACGGGCUCUAUGCCUGUUGGUCCAGUUCGACGGACUGUCUGGAAGGAUCUGCGUGGGGGAAAGCCACUCGUCGAUCUUUACGGGAUGACUGAAGAGCUUGCAAUGAUCGCUAGGACCUCAUGGGAGUCAGAUGAAGGUAUACCACUGGAGUCUUGCGGCAUACCAUCGGAGCUGGUGACGUUGAAAUUUAAUGACGAAGGAGAGCUUCUUGUGAAAAGCCCGGCCCUCUUCACGAGGUACCUAUCGCCUAAUCCUGAGGUUAUGAGGGGAGUUUUCGACAGCGAUGGCUUCUACAAAACAGGAGAUCUAGCGCGGCUGGAAGGGGGCUAUUUGUAUAUCCACGGCCGCGCAUCUCAGGAUGUUAUUCGCUUCAAUGGAUGGAAGGUAUUUGCCCCGGAGGUCGAAGAAGCGCUGUCUACCCACCCGUAUGUCUCCCAGGUAAUUAUCCUUGGUGUAUCUGAUCUCCACACAGGACAGAGAGUUGCAGCAUUGCUCAUUCCAAGGUGGGACAACACGUCUGGCAAUAAGUUAGAUUUGGCGACCAUCCGGGGAUGGCUUUCUCAAGAAAAAGGAAUCCUGCAAUAUAAGUUGCCCACGCUUCUGCGUGUGCUGCGGCCGACGCAGAAAUAUCCGGUGACGUCGAGUGGAAAGCCCAUCAAGCCACAGAUCCGAGAGGAACUGUUUAACAACACAGAGCUGGUCAAUGGCACCGUGGAAGUGUGGGACCUAGCUGCGAAGGAGCCUGGUAUGGCUGCGCGUCCGUUUGACUGGGCGGGGAUCUAA